AUGAAGUUCCUAGGUUCAAAGGCAGAGACCAUAGACGCGGGGGACAUCUACGUCAAUUGGCGCAAAAUAGUUCUGCAUCCUAUUUUGGAUUAUCAUGUCUGGGCUCACUGCAAGUGGAAAACAAUCAGAAAAGAGAAAAAACUGAUUUCAGAAAGUCAGGAUUCCCUUAUCCAUGACACGUGCCUGUCUUUCUUUGGAUGGUGUGGAAAGUACAUAACAUUUAUCCUGAACCCUUUCCAGUUCCAGUUAGUGACCAAAAAUCACAAACAAUUAAGCUUCCAAAUGUUUAGUACUAAAUUAUCAGCUAAAGUGUUUUCUGUCAAAAUGCUACCAACCAAUCAAGAGCUGAACAGUGAGAUUCAUACCUGCUAUAAGUAUUUGCAGGGCAAGUCUUUGGACAUACUCUUUGAAACCAUGGCACAGAAUCUAAAGCACAUUUUUGAAUCUGAAUUUUUCAAAACUAGAAAUUGGGACACAGUACAAAUGUUGACAUUCUGCACCUCGGUAAUAUUUGAAGUCACAUUUACAACUCUGCAUGGAAAACUCCUUGUUGCAGAUAGGAAAAAAUUUAUUAGUGAGCUAAGAGAUGAUUUAAUGAAAUUUGAUGACCAAUUCCCAUAUUUAGCAUCAGACAUACCCACUGUGCUUCUACGAAGAGCCAUAUCUCUGCAGAAGAAACUCAUAAAGUGCUUUACACAAGAAAACUUAGCUAAGAUGCAAGGAUGGUCAGAAGUUAUUCAAAUGAGGCAAGACAUCCUGGAGAAAUACUAUGAGCCUGACGACUCAGAAAUAGGAGCACAUUAUUCAGCCUUUCUCUGGGCCUCUACUGCAAACACUAUUCCAACUAUGUUCUGGGCGAUGUAUUAUCUUCUGCGGCACCCAGAAGCUAUGGCAGCCAUGCGUGACGAAAUUGACCAUUUGCUGCAGUCAACAGGUCAAAAGAAAGGGUCUGAAUUUUUCAUCAACUUCACCAGAGAACAAUUGGACAGCCUGGUCUACCUAGAAAGCAUUAUUCUUGAGGUUCUACGGCUGUGUUCCUUUUCAACCACCUUUCGUUAUGUUGAAGAGGAUUUGGCUCUACCUGUGGAGUCCGGGGACUGCCGUUUGCGAAAGGGAGACUUGGUGGCCAUCUUCCCUCCAGUCUUACACCAUGACCCCGAAAUCUUUGAAGCACCAGAGGAGUUUAGAUAUGAUCGUUUUGUAGAAGAUGGUAAGAAGAAAACCACCUUUUUCAAAAGAGGAAAAAAGCUGAAGCACUGCAUAAUGCCAUUUGGAUCUGGAAUCUCCAAAUGCCCGGGCCGAUUUUUCGCAGUUUCUGAAGUGAAGCAGUUGUUGUUUGCGCUUGUAACUUAUUUUGAUUUAGAAAUAAUUGAUGAUAAACCUGUAGAAAUGAGCUACAGACGAAUGUUGUUUGGUGUUCAGUAUCCAAAAUCAGACGUUUUAUUUAGAUAUAAGGUAAAAUCUUGA